AUGACACCAAUUGAGCGCAUACUAUCUUAUAAGUUUAAGAACAAGAAGCUGUUGGAAGAAGCCCUCACCCACUCCUCCUACCUCAACUCUCCCUCCUAUGACCGCCUCGAGUUCAUCGGAGAUUCAGCUAUUGGCCUCGCUAUUUCCACUUACUUUUUUCCCCUUUAUCCGGACCUCAAUCAAGGCCAACUCACUUUACUUAGUGCUGCUAACAGAGUUUGCCGAUGCCGUCGCUCUAGAAGACAACUCAAUUCCCUAUGGUGGUUGGUGAAGGCUCCUAAAGUUCUUGCUGACAUUGUGGAAUCUGUGGCUGGUGCUAUCUAUGUAGAUGUUGAGUUUGAUCUUCAAAAACUAUGGGCGAUUAUUAAGGAUUUUUUAAAGCCUAUCUAUACUCCUGAAGACUUAAAGGCAGAUCCCCAACCUGUAACUCUGCUCUUUGAAGAUUGCCAGAAAAAAGGGAAGCAGGUUCAUAUUGAGAAUCAGGAAAAGGGUUCCACGUACGUCGCGAAAGUCUAUGUUGACUGUAGGCCUGUUGCUUCUGGCUUUUCGAAGCAAAAACCAAUCGCAAGGCUUAAUGCUGCCCGAGAAGCUCUUAUCAUACUGUCGGAUUCUACGGAUACCAAAAUUAAAAGGGUUGUAACUAUUGAUGGUAUUGAUGGUUCGUUUGAAAUUGAAGGGGCAAAGCAGAAGCUACAUGAUUUUUGUUGCAGGAAAAAGUGGCAGAGUCCAAGUUACAGUAAAGAAGUUCUUGGACACCCACAUGGAAGAAGAUUUGUUUGCUGUGUUAAAAUUUCCACUUUUAAUGAUACGCACUCUAUAAUCGGAGAUGAGAAGUCAAGAGUAAAAGAGGCAGAGAACUCUGCAGCCUCUUUGAUGAUUCGUGAUUUACAGAAAAGAAAGUAUCUCUAAUUUCUAUAUUAUUCAAUUGGGCAGAAUCUAGCAUAACUGUAUAGUAAGUUUAUGCUUUCUGAUGCCCUCAUUUUCCUUGAAUAUCUUGGAGGUGGGUAUGUUGUAAACCAUGAUUCUACUUGCAUUUCUGAGUACAAGUUAUUGUAUCAAAAUAAGUAUUGGUUGCAAUGUAAAAUUCAAGGCAACCAGUUUAGGCUGUCAUGAUGUGUAAAUGUAAUCUAUAUUGUUUGAAAAUAGACAAAUUUUGGGAUGUUAUGAUCGAAUUGUACAAUUGUUCCAUAGUAGAAUUGUACAAUGUAAAAUUGUUGAUGCA